GACGCAUCUGUCAGAAAUCAUCGGAUCAACAGCGUGGACAUUACAACACCAGCGCGAGAUCAGGACUUUGGAGAGCGCGCAGAGGAAAGAUCCAAACGCAGACAACUUUCUCCAAAGCACAUGUGUAAAGCGAUGUUACAACGGACCGGCCCCCAGCUGCUUCUCUUCAUAGCCCUGUGCAGUGUGUUGUACUCCCGGACUCUGAGUCUGCCAUACACAUCUAUGAGACCGACGAGACACGCGGACGGUCUCUUCACCAGUGGAUACAGCAAACUCCUGGGGCAACUGUCAGCGCGGAGGUACCUGGAGUCUCUGAUCGGGAAGCGGGUCAGUGAUGAGCUGAUGGAGGAGCCAGUGAAGCGUCACUCAGACGCCAUCUUCACAGACAAUUACAGCCGCUUCCGCAAACAGAUGGCCGUCAAGAAAUACCUGAACUCAGUCUUAACUGGAAAGAGAAGCCUAGAAGAUCCUGGCGCCAGUGACCCAGAGGAAUCCAGGGAUGAUCCCAACACUUUCCAGGAGAACUACGACGACAUCAACGUAGAUCACCUCCUAAACAACUUUCCUCUGCCACUUUGAGGAGGAGCCUGUGCUUAAGUAAAUACCUCAACUCAUCCUCAUGAAAUUGCCCAUUCAAAAAACAACAACAACAACAACAACACAGUAUUAUUCCAAAGGACAGCAGUCAAAGUCAAACCAACCCAUGAUGAUGAUGAUGAUGUGUUCUCCAAUGUGGUUAUCUAUCUAUCCAUACAUGCGGUACAUUUUUACACAGUAUAUGUACAGUAUAUACACACACACACACACACACAGAAAGUACUAAUCACUUACAUUUUAUUGCCCAGAGACUUUUUGGGGCUGCACCGAGCAACAUGUGUGUCCACGUGCAGUUUGGUCAAUCCAUGAGUGAAGAUGGCACCUAGCAACAAUAGAUGAAAAGCAAAACAAGUUCUAUUAAACCUUUGGCCCAUUGAAUGUCAGUAGUGUGCUUAGACCAGAACUUUCAAUAUCCCCAUUGAUUUUCAGUGGAUCUUCUUUUAUGUUCUUUUCAUGCAGCCACCACUUGCUCGGUUUGUGUUGAAUGGAGAAUAAGAAGACGUCCACACCUUCAGGGAAAGUAAAGUCAAAUGAAGUAUUUAAUGUUAUAUUUGUCACAAUGAGUUUCAAGAUAAAUAUUGCACUAGAAACUUUAAAUUGAAAUAGAAUAUUUGUUUAAAAUCAGAGUAAAAUCUAUAUUAAGUUGAACAUUUAACCUCAGAUUUACUUUUGAUAGAAAAGCAGUCCCAUUCAUUUUCAUUCAUUUGUUACUUCAGAUUGACUAAUGAAAUGAGCUCAUUAUGAGUUUUCAUUAUCAAAGGCACUUCUCUAAAUCAUCUGUAAUGACUGCUAUAGUAGCUUUCAGAAGAAGAACUGCUUUGAAACUAUUGCCCCAUUUAUUUUUAAUAAGACAGUAAGACAUGAUUGCAUAAAAUGAUGAAACUUUCAGUGGAACAAUUUUGCCAAAUUACGUUUUAAAGGAAAUUCUGACCUAUUACUUUGAAGUAAAAUGUGUCCCAUAGACUUUAAUUCAAACAUUUGACCCGUUGAACAUUAGAACAGUCAUGUUCAUUGGGAAAACUGUCCCACUGAAUUUCACUGGAAUAGGACGUGUUCCAUUAACUCGUCACUAUCUUGUUCUAUUCAUUUUAAGUGGCAUCAAUGGAAAUGUUUAUUCGACUCACAUUUGAUGAGACAAUUCAAUUCCAAAAGACCCUUUUUAUUUUAUUAUAUGUUAAGGAAAUGUUUCAGCUUUCAAUACAGAACUCCGGCGUUAUUGGUUGACAGUAAAAUCACUGCUUAUUUACUUAUUAUUUUAAUUCUAUUGACCCAUCUACAUAUAUGGUCAUUAUCGUGUAAAAUUGGACUGAUUCCUUUGGAUGGUGAUAUUAAGUGGAUUUAUUGUACUGAUACACAUGGGGCAAUAAGAGUAAACAACCUCCACCAGACCAUUGUAAAUCCAAAUCUAACAGUUAACAGUCCCAUUAAUUUCCAAUGGCGCAAUAAUAAGUGCUGAGUGAUGACGACAAAACAGAGAAAACAAGACGAGGAGAAUGGGGAACACAUUUUAAAUGGACAUAAAUGCAUUUAAUCACUUUAUACUAUUCAAUAUGUAGAGCAAAGAUGUUAUAAAUGUGCAUAGACCUGCCUGUAGUGCAUAUAGUGAUGUUCACCACUCAUUAAAUAAAAGAUGCUGGUUUAUUUUUCAAA